AUGAUGGGUCUCAAGGUGGAGCAGCGUGUGGUCCCCCAUUGUCAUCUUGUGCCAUGCUCCACCAUUCAAAGUCAACAGAAACUACAGGCUCAGCGGAAACUCAGCAUUGCCUGUCUAAUCUGCUUUCUCUUCAUGGUGGGAGAAGUUAUAGGUGGAUACCUGGCACAUAGCCUGGCCAUCAUGACAGAUGCAGCCCACCUGUUGACAGAUAUGGGAAGCAUGGGUGUCAGCCUCUUUUCACUCUGGGUGUCUACUCGCCCAGCCACCAAAACCAUGAGCUUUGGUUGGCACCGCUCAGAAACACUGGGUGCCUUGGCUUCUGUCCUCUCUAUCUGGAUCGUUACAGGAGUGCUGGUCUACUUAGCUUCAGCCCGCAUAAUUAGCAACGACUAUGAAAUUGAAGCUUCUGUGAUGCUGGGCACUUCAGCCUGUGCAGUGGGAGUGAACAUCAUCAUGGUCUACCUUCUGCAUCAGUCAGGCUCUGCACACAGUCAUGGAUUCAGCACAAGAGGCUAUGAACAGAUUGAGGACAGCCCUCAUGUCCCCUCCAUACCCACCCAUGACAACACCAGUGUCCGAGCAGCUUUUGUACAUGUGGUGGGGGACCUACUUCAAAGCAUUGGGGUCUUUGUGGCUGCCACUGUCAUCUAUUUCAAGCCCCAGUGUAAGAUUGCUGACCCAGUGAGUACUUUCCUCUUCUCAGUCUUUGUGCUGUGCUCCACUUUAACCAUUCUUCGUGAUGUUUUUCGAGUACUGAUGGAAGGGACACCACGAGGUGUGGAGUUCCAAGCAGUUAAGGAAACCCUGCUCUCUGUCAAAGGUGUGAAGCAGGUCCAUAAUCUGCACCUUUGGGCUUUAACGCUCAGCCAUCAUGUUGUGGCUGUACACUUAGCUGUUGAAUCCGAUGCAGACAUGGAGGCUGUGCUACAACAAGCCACAACUCUGCUACAAAGCAAGUUUGGCUUCUUCUCAUGCACCAUUCAGGUGGAGCACUACCUGGAUGACAUGGCCACCUGCCACCAGUGCCAGGAUCCACAGGACUAA